CGGACGAGAAAUGAACUCAAUAAAAAGUUGCGAUCAUUGACGCCCAUGAAACUUUUUUUUAGCUUAGGCCCAUAUCAUUUGUAUCAGCCAAUCAAAAUUCGUUAAUCACCUCCCUGGGGAGACGCUCAGAGUCAGUACUUCACCUUGAAACGAUGCUAUGGUAGCACAAGUUACAUCCCAUCACGAUGGAGGCUACUACUAUACACGAUAACUGUACGACGUUGUUGGGCGACGUAACAUUCGCAUCACUGCCAACAAUAGACACCAGCCUUUACGAUUUGUCUUCCGAAGAAGCUGCGUUCUUUAAGGCGGAAAUCGGCAUUGACGAUGACGAAGGCUUGAAGAGGCACAUCCUGGAGGUGCAGGCGAAAGCAUACAAGAUUGCACCGUAUCCUUGUAUUCACGGAUUUGUCUUUCUUCGCCUCAACAUAUCGAGUUACCCUGUGUAUGAACACAUCCUAAAGCUUGGUCGUGAGCGUCCCGAUGCCGUGUUACUCGACCUUGGCUGUUGCUUCGGUGUUGAUGCCAGAAAGGCUGCGGCGGAUGGUUUUCCUGCGAAAAAUACCAUUGCUUCGGAUAUCAUCAACGAAUUCCUUGAGCUUGGCCAUGAACUUUUCAGAACGACACCAACUUCUUACCCGGGAUGCCUCCUUCCUGGAGAUGUCUUCGAUCCAGAAUUUCUUUCCAUAGCUGCGCGGCCGAUCGAUGUCUCUUCGGCCCCGGCUAUCGAUUUGUCCUCGUUGAAAUCCCUCAAUCCCCUUCAUGGCCGCAUUAGCGCAAUCAGUGCUACAAGGCUUUUCCAUCUCUUCACUGAGGACAAACAAUUGCAUCUUGCCAGGGCUCUCGCGGGCCUGUUAUCUGCGCAGCCAGGUUCCGUUAUCUGCGGUUAUCAGGUUGGAGAUCUCGAAAAAGGCAUGGUUAGUGCCAACAUAUCAGGCAGUGUGCAUCAGUUGUUCGCUCAUUCUCCCAAAACUUGGUCAUCUUUAUGGGAUGGAGAGGUAUUCGAGAAAGGCAGCGUCAAGGUAGAAACGGAAUUAUUGGAAGUUGCGAUUCACGAGGUGGAAUUCUUCAUGAUGAGGUGGUCAGUGGUGAGAUUGUAGACACGAACAUCGCAGUCGAUUUGAGGAAAUGGAGAUUGAUGUAGUGAUAGCUCGUCCGACUGCCAAGGACCAGGGAACCAGUAAAUCCUCGUACUGACUUCAAUGUUCAUUUCCGCCAUACCGGUCUCACUAAUAUAAAUAUACCAACUAAGUUCCCCUCGCUCACUUAUACCCAUCCCUG